AUUCAUAUACUAUAUUGCAAAAAGUAUUGGGACACCCCCCCAAAUCAUUAGAUUCAGGUGUUCCAAUCACCUCCAUUGCCAGUGGUGUAUAAACUCAAGCACCUAGGCAUGCAGGCUGCUUCUACAAUCAUUUGUGAAAGAAUGGGUCAAUCUCAGGAGCUCAGUGAAUUCAAGCGUGGUACCAUGAUAGGUUGCCACCUGUGCAAUAAGUCCAUCCGUGAAAUUUCCUUGCUAUUAAAUAUUCCACGGUCAACUGUUAGUGGUAUAACAAAGUGGAAGCAACUGGGAACAGCAACUCAGCCACCAAGUGGUAGGCCACGUAAAAUGACAGCGAGGUCAGCACAUGCUGAAGUGCACAGAAGUAGCCAACUGUCUGCAGAGUCAAUAGCUAAAGACCUCCAAACUUCAUGUGGCCUUCAGAUUAGCACAACGGCACAUAGAGAGCUUCAUGGAAUGGGUUUCUAUGGCCGACCAGCUGCAUCCAAGCUUUACAUCACUAGUGCAAUGCAAAGCAUGCCACCACUGGACUCUAAAGCAUUGGAGACGUGUUCUCUGAAGUGAUGAAUUACAUUUCUCUGUCUGGCAAUCUGAUGGACGUGUCUGGGUUUGGCAGU